AAUUCAGCACUAAAGGCAGUGUGAGAAGCAGUGUGUGUGUGUGUGUGUGUGUGUGUGUGUGUGUGUGUGUGUGUGUGUGUGUGGUGUAAAACGUGCUUUUCAAAGCGCUGAGAGGUUGAUGAGACUGUUUGAUGAGCUCUCUGAGAAGAAGAAAAAAGGUAUUUGGACCUCUCCUUGUCUCUUCUCUAGAAUAAUUUGGAUGGGAUUUGUGGUGCUGAACGUCUCAAGAAAAAAAGGAUAUCCAUUCUGUGUGGUGGAAAGUUUUUGAAAAAAAAAUUGCUUUCUUCAAACAAGGGUGCCAUUGUGAUAUUUAUGGGGAUUGUUGCUCUGACUAUGAAGGCAUCUGUUAUUGAAAUGUUUCUUGUUUUGCUGGUGACUGGAAUACAUUCAAAUAAAGAAAUGAUAAAGAAGAUUAAACGGCCCAAGUUCACUGUGCCUCAGAUCAGCUGUGAUGUCAAAGCCGGAAAGAUCAUCAAUCCUGAGUUCAUGGUGAAGUGUCCCGCAGGAUGCCAAGACCCCAAAUACCACGUUUAUGGCACCAACGUAUACGCGUCCUACUCCAGCGUGUGUGGAGCCGCGGUGCACAGUGGCAUACUCGAUAAUUCAGGAGGGAAAAUACUUGUUCGGAAAGUUGCAGGACAGUCUGGUUACAGAGGGAGUUAUUCCAAUGGCGUCCAGUCCUUGUCCCUGCCACGAUGGAGAGAAUCCUUCAUCGUUUCAGAGAGUAAACCCAAAAAGGGUGUCACCUACCCAUCGGCUCUUACUUAUUCAUCAUUCAGAAGCUCAGUGGCCCAAACAGGUGAGACCACCAAAGCCUAUCAGAGGCCACCCGUUCCAGGGACAACUGUACCACCGGUCACUCUGGCACAGGUUCUGACUGUCACCGUGGCCGAGGCCACCCACACCACCUUGCCAAGGCCAUUCCCAUCCACAACGUCUACCACCAGCAGCCCCAGACCACAGCCCGCGGGCCACAGGAACCGGGACACGGAUCUCUGGUCCACCGCAGACUACACAAGCAGCCAGAACAGGCCUGGAGCCAGCCCAGGUAUCCCAAGGCAGGAUUUGUCCGGAGCUGCCUUCCAGAGACCCGCCACAGCAGACGUCAGCCUGGGCUCUGUUCCAAAAGAAGAGUUAAGCACACAGUCUCUGGAGCCAGUAUCCUUGGGAGACCCAAACUGCAAGGUCGACUUGUCAUUUGUCAUCGACGGAAGCGCCGGCCUCGGCAAGCGCCGGUUCCGCAUCCAGAAGCAGUUCCUGGCCGACAUUGCCCAGGCUCUGGACAUCGGCCCUGAGGGCCCCCUGAUGGGCGUCGUCCAGUAUGGAGACAACCCUGCUCCCCAGUUUAACCUCAAGGCUCACACAAAUUCCCGAGAUCUGAAGACAGCCAUCGAGAAAAUUACCCAGAGAGGAGGGCUUUCUAAUGUAGGCCGGGCCAUCUCCUUUGUGACCAAGAACUUCUUUUCCAAAGCCAAUGGAAACAGAGGUGGUGCGCCCAACGUGGCAGUGGUGAUGGUGGACGGCUGGCCCACCGACAAAGUGGAGGAGGCUUCGAGACUUGCCAGAGAGUCGGGGAUCAACAUUUUCUUCAUCACCAUCGAGGGUGCGGCUGAGAGUGAGAAGCAGCACUUGGUGGAGGCCAACUUCGCAAACAAGGCCGUGUGCAGAACCAACGGCUUCUACUCACUGCACGUGCAGAGCUGGUUCGGCCUCCACAAGACCCUGCAGCCCCUGGUGAAACGCGUGUGCGACGCGGACCGCCUGGCCUGCAGCAAGACCUGCUUCAACUCGGCCGACCUGGGCUUCGUCAUCGACGGCUCCAGCAGUGUGGGGACCACCAACUUCCGCACGGUGCUGCAGUUCGUGGCCAACCUCAGCAAGGAGUUCGAGAUCUCCGACACAGACACGCGCGUGGGGGCCGUGCAGUACACCUACGAGCAGCGGCUGGAGUUUGGGUUCGACGCCUACAGCAGCAAAGCUGACCUCCUCAACGCCAUCAAAAGGGUGGGCUACUGGAGCGGGGGCACCAGCACGGGGGCGGCCAUCAGCUAUGCGCUGGAGCAGCUCUUCAAGAAGUCCAAGCCCAAUAAGAGGAAGCUGAUGGUCCUCAUCACCGACGGACGGUCCUAUGACGAUGUGCGGAUCCCGGCCAUGGCCGCCCAUCUCAGGGGUGUGAUCACCUAUGCGAUAGGCGUCGCAUGGGCUGCCCAGGACGAGCUGGAAGUCAUUGCUACACACCCCGCCAAGGACCACUCCUUCUUUGUGGAUGAGUUUGACAACCUCUACCAAUAUGUCCCCAGGAUCAUCCAGAACAUUUGUACAGAGUUCAACUCCCAGCCUCGGAACUGAGUUCAGAGCAGCCAGAGCACCAGCGAAUACCGCUUUACGGCUGGCUCUUUGGACACCCCGUGAGCUUUUGGGGACACACACAGGGCAGCAGGGCUAGGGCAGGGCUGGGGAAAUAGACGCGUUGUUAUUCCUUGCUGUCGUGGUUUUUCAUACUUCAGAACUUGGAAUUAGAAAGGUAAUCACAAAUGUGUAGAGUGAGUCAUAAUGGCAAAUCAUUUUGAGGGUACUGGGAUGUUACAUUUUGACAGUUGUUUUCAAAAUAAAUGUUCAGAAUAGAGCACAGCACUUAGGACAGGCUUAACUGGGGCUUCUGUGAGACUUUUUAUUUUUAUUUCUCUUUAGAACUCUGUAACCCUCAGCAAGUUUCAUUUUUGUCAUGAUGGUGUAGGAGUUGCUCAAUUAAAUGUUUCCAAGGAUUACAUGCAA